AUGUCCCGGCCUUUGAGGAAGGAUUACCGCACGGCGGACUUUGAGAAGCUUAGCCAGCUUAUACGGGAUCACCCACUGAUGCGGGCUCCCGGAGCAGAGCAGCAGCAGCUGAUGCAGAAACUACGGACUCCAGAGUAUCGGACAAAGUGCGUCAUGCGAGCCUCCUUGGAUGACAUCGCUCUGGGGAUCAAUCUGUACAAGCUGCAGCUGGACAAGCCGCACUCGCCCCUGCCCGAGGAAACAGAGUUCCAGGAGGAGCCCGUCCCCUCGGCUCUCUCUGCUCGAUCUCCCAGAUCCGCUACCUCUGCCGCUCGUCCUUCGGCCGCUCCCUUUAUCAAGGUGCUGCUCCGCAAGACACCCAUUGUGGUGCUCUUCGAGAGACGCAGCAUGACCGCCCUGGUGGACACCGAGGAGGGUCGUCUGGUCAUAGAGGACAAUCGAAAAUACGACGAACUACUCUCUGGAAUAGACAAGACCCGGCGAACCGUGGAUGCGGACACCCAAACCAUGACGGCCCUGAUGAAGUCCCGACUGGUGAACACCGAGCGGUUGACCACCGCCCAGAUGGGGUCCUACGUGUCCAACUUUGAGAUGUACGACACCUACGCAGAUUUGCAAAAGUCUACGACAAGUGUUGAAGUGCAGGGCGAGCGCAAGAUUGAGGUUACCACUUACCAUGUCGGAGGAGUGGAUCAGUUUGUGGAGAUCAACAGCCUGCCUGGCUUCCGCCUGGCCCUCAUGCUGACCAUGCGCAUCCUGGCCAGCAAUGUGUUUGAACCACAACAGCGACGGUAUAGGAACAUGGCCCCACCCGAUCCCUUGGCCGAGGAUGUCAAGUUCAAGUAUCGACUGGGACUCCUUUGGCGUUUGAGUCCUCCGUCAGCGAAUCCGGCAGUUCAUCAGGCGGUGAGCGAUAUGAGCUUUUGCCCCAGCAACGGGGACAUCAUGGCGGUAGCCUAUGGUGUGUACAGCCAUGGAAAGGUGGGCCGGUUACCCCGCUCCGGUUGGGUCUAUGUGUGGAACAUCAAGAACCCGGUGAACCCGGAGAGAUGCUACAACUACCAGGUGCCUGUGGUCACCGUGGAGUUCUCGCCCACGCAGCCCCAACUGCUGGCCAUUGGCCUUCACAAUGGCAGCGUAGAAGUGAGGGAUAUUUCUGGUCAGGAUCUUCCCCCGCUGGCCAUAUCCCAGCGGUCGACAUCGCCGCACUUUGAGCCGGUGACCGCCAUCAAAUGGAUCUACUUCGAGGGCGAUGUCGGCUCCAAGGAUCCUCAUAUCACGCCCUUUUUGGCCACCUCACAGGCGGGAGCUGUGACCAAGUACCGGUUGAUCAAUAGUCCUAACUUGCUGGGAUUCGAGCAGCAACGCCUGCAGCGGGCAGAGGGCGAGCUGGAGGGGAUUCCCAUUGAUCGAGCACCGCCAGCUGCUUCUCUCUUGGCCAAUCGGCAUCCACAGUGCCUGGAAUUGGUUCUUGAUCCUGUUCAGGCGGACAUUUACUAUGUCCUCACCGACGAGGGUACCCUAUACAAAUGCUCCACGAACUACCCGCUGCAGCAUUUGGAGCUGAGGCAGGUUCACGACGGACCCGCAGCCUGCAUGGAGUUCUCGCCGUGGUCUCCGAGGAUGUACCUCACGUGUGGCAGUGACUGGUGCAUUCGAAUUUGGUUGGCUGGCAUCCUGUUGCCCAUAGUGACCCUGCAACACCACCUGUCGCCGGUUCACUGCGCCCGCUGGAGCCGGACUCACUCCACCAUCCUGGUCUCGCUUAGUCGCAGCACCGUUGACAUCUGGGAUCUGCGGAACAGCACCAUGAAGCCAGUGUCCUCCACAACGAUCGAUGCUAACAUCUUUUAUACAACCUUCAAAUUCACCCAUUGUGGGCGCUCCUUGGCCGUGGGAAAUGAAGCUGGCAAUCUGCUGAUGUUGUCCUUCGAGGACAUGCCCUUCUCCCCCCACUUUCAAUACAAGCAGCUCAAAAGGGCCAUCUUUAAGGCCUUGUCCAUGCAGCCAGAUUUGCGCCAGCAAGUGAAGAGCGUUGGCUACUUUGGCUAUCCGGGUGGGAAAAGCCUAACCAGGGCUUGA